AUGUCUCAGUCGAGAAGCGCUGUCAUUAUUGACAAUGGGUCAGGAAUCUGCAAAGCCGGUUUUUCCGGGGAGGAGGCUCCCAGGGCCAUGGUGGCGACCGUUGUUGGCUACCCAAAGACCCGAGCGAUCAUGUUUGGCCCCGUUCAGAGGACCUGUUACGUAGGCAAGGAAGCCCAAGCCAAAAGAGGGAUCUUAUCUUUUAAAUACCCGGUGGAACAUGGAAUCGUGACCUCUUGGGAUGACAUGGAGAAGAUCUGGAGAUACAUCUACAGGCAUGGACUCAAGGCAAGAGCCAAGGAGAGGCCGGUGUUGUUGACCGAAGCACCCAUGAACCCAAAAGGCAACCGAGAGAAGAUGACAGAGAUCAUGUUCGAGCAUUUUGAGGUCCCGGCUAUGUUUGUAGGCCUUCAAGCUUUGAUGGCCUUGUACGCUUCUGCCCGUACCACCGGUUUGGUUUUAGAUAGCGGUGCCGGAGUCACGUUGACUGUCCCCAUCUACAAAGGCCACUGCCUGCUCCACGCCAUCUCCAGGAUGAACUUCGCGGGACGGGACGUCACCCGAUAUCUCGCGACCCUCCUGCUGGAGAGCGGCCACAAUUUCCUCAGCUCCGCCGAGAAGGAGAUUGUGAAGAACAUCAAGGAGAACCUGUGCUACGUGGCUCUGGAUUCGGGACACCCGAAAGACAAAGCAUCCAUCCGCAAAUACACCCUCCCUGAUGGCACGCCUGUCGAGAUCGGGGACCAGCUCUUCCGAGCUCCCGAAGCCCUGUUCAACCCGACGGAUGCGGGAGUUGCGGCGCCGGGAAUCCACCAAAUGAUCGCCGAGAGCAUCUCCAAAUGCGAAGGAAGCAUCCGCCACGAUCUCUGGAGAAGCCUCAUUGUAGCGGGAGGAUCUACCCUCUUCCCGGGUCUUAGCGAACGUCUUCUCAAAGAGCUAAGGAGUCUAGGCCCUCGCGGCCUGCCGACCAAUCUGGAAGCCCCAGCAAACCGGAUACAUUCCGUCUGGAUCGGCGCGUCGGUGCUCACCAGCCUGCCUUCGUUUCAGAACAUGUGGGUCACCCAGGAAGAAUACAGAGAGGUUGGCUCCACGGUGCUGCAGAAGAAGUGCUUCUGA